AUGGGCUUGGGCACCAUAGGGAGAACAUUCUCCUGUCUUUUUGUCUUUUUUAUAUUCGCUACCCUGAUUGGAAAGUCUUCAGCUUCUUUGGGAGACCACCUCCCGGAGUUCAAAGAAUGUGUCAAGGUCUGCCAGGCUGAGAACUGCAAAGAUGGCAAUUCGGUUAUUCCAUUCCAUCUCCGCCUCAUGCUCUGGAACUGUCCGGCUGAAUGCGAUUAUACCUGCCAACAUGUUGUCACUGACCUCCGAGUCGCUCGAGACCCUCCGAUGAUCACUCCUAUCGUCCAGUUCCAUGGAAAAUGGCCGUUUCGCAGAAUGAUCGGCAUGCAGGAACCGUUUUCUGUCAUCUUUUCUCUGCUGAACUUCCUGGCCCAUUGGCAUGGUAUUUCCCGAAUUAAAGAGUCGAUCCCAGCCUGGCAUUCCCUCCGGAAAUACUAUAUUUGGUUUGGAUACUGUGGUCUGGCGUGUUGGACGUUUAGCACGAUCUUCCACUGCAGGGACUUUCCACUCACGGAGAAGCUGGACUAUUUCGGAGCCGGGGCGAAUGUCAUGUAUGGUCUCUAUCUUGCUGCCAUCCGGGUCUUGCGCCUAGACCAGGAGACUCCCCGGUUUAAACCGACGUUGCGCCGCCUAUUGACUGUGCUCUGUGCUGUCCUUUACACCUUGCACGUGUGCUAUCUGAGCUUCUGGUCAUGGGACUAUACCUACAACAUGAUUGCCAAUAUCGUGGUUGGAAUGAUAUCGAAUGUACUGUGGGUCGGAUUCAGUAUCUAUCGGUAUCGGAAGCAGCAGAAAAUGUGGACCGCUUGGCCAGGAAUGAUUGUUCUCUGGAUCAUAUUGGCCAUGAGCCUGGAGCUGCUUGACUUUCCCCCCUGGCAUGGGCUGAUCGAUGCCCACAGUCUCUGGCACCUCGGGACCGUCAUUCCAACUGCAUGGUGGUACUCGUUCCUUAUCAAGGACAUUCAAAACGACGUAGCUGGGAUACGAUACAAGGCUUGA